AGGACGUUUUACUCCGUGCCGAUAGAAUCCAUUCAUAGGUCGUUUUGUUCACUUGUGAUGUGCUUUGUCAUUUAGUUCGUUACUUGGUUUAUACUGAGUUUCACACCAACAUACAUUCUCCUGUCAGUACUACGUAGGUACUCUACCCAACAACAACGAACAACAAAAAGAUGCGCACUUGCUUGCUUUUUCUCUACCCGCUGGCCCUGGCGCCGUGCGGCAUCGUGGCGCGUCCCGUGGAAGUGAACCCGGAGGGCAAUCCAUUGAUCAUGUACGAGAUCAGAAACAAAACGUCGUACGAGAUCAAAAAAUCAAGACGCAAGAGGUCCGAAGACGCCUUCCUAGAACUGGCCCCGAGCUCGUCGUCGGAAGGAAGCGCUGAACAAUUAACAUUAUGGCUCAAUAUUUAUAAGAUAUUAUAAUUCGUUUCAUCCUUCCACGGGCCAUUUUUUUUUGCUUUGUUCUUGGAAUAUUGAGAAGAUGAACCUGAGAAAUGAAGUGCUUUGAGCUCUAAAACAAAACAGCAAAGAGAAUGAGAUCUACAAGGUUGUCCAUCCUGACAAAACGAAUGUCGAUGAAAAUCCGUACAAGUCCGAGUAUCCUACUCCUGAAUCUGAUCCGGACGAUACUCAAGAACGUGUACUCGCUGGUGGCGAUGCUGAUUUCGUGAGAAGCUCGACGUUCGCUGAAGAGGACGUGAGCAAGAAGGUAGUCAGUAUUUCACUUUUCCUUUUAUUUUCGCGACCACUUAAUAGGCUUAUCAGUUUUACCUACGUGGUUCGCAUGAACAAACAUUUCGACAGUGAGGACUUUUCUAUCUCAAGAUGACAAGAAGAGCACUACACUAAAUCACAACGAUGUGCGGCACCGCAACGCAAAUAGUACUCACUUUUUUUACCAAUCUUCAUCCAGGAACUUGACGCUGAUCUUGAACUUGAUGCGACCACACAAGAUGGCGGAUUCGGGAAGCCGGUUUCUGAGGACCGCAGUCAGAACGGUCGUGACCUCCACGAUCAUACGACGGAUGAUGAAAGACCUGACUCGUAUAAUUCUCAGCCUCCUGCUGAUGUGGAUGCCGAUACUCAGGAAGGCCGAGAGGCUGUUGGCGAUGCUGAUGUCGUGAAGGGCUCGACGCUCGCCGGAAAGGACACGAAGGGAAAGGUAAAAAAGAAUGAACACGGCAGUCGCAAUUUCUUCUAUUUCACUUUUUCCUCUAUCGUAUAGUUUUAGUUUUUUUUCUUUGAAGAGAGAUAGUUUCUUGAAUUCCGAUGUUGUUUUUCCUCCAUCGUGAUACAUUAUGAUCAGCAAGAACUUCAACUGGUACUCUACUUUCGUUGGAUAGUUAUACUUCUUGUUAAUAUCCUUCAUUUUCCCAUGAUGAGCGUGAGUGUGAGUGCGAGCGCGCAUGUCCCUACUUACUUUUCCUGCUUCCUGCUGCUGUUGCUUGAUGUGCAGGAAGAUCUUUCCAAAAUCAAGGACAGCAUCGGACAACUUUUAGUCCAUACUUCUUGUUCAACGAACACACAGCCACAAGAUGACUUCUAACAAGGAGAAGACAUAAAGUUGAAGGAGUGACAUUUUUGCAUUAGAAUAGCAGAGAACGUUGGAGCACGAUGUAAGUGCUUCUUAGUUUGAUCAUCAUCAUCAUGAUCAUCAUCAUCCAGGUUGACCUUGGCGCUGAGGCGACCAUGGAAGGUUCCGGAUUGCAUAAAGAGGCUUCAGCUGGAGACCACAGUCACAGCGGUGCCGUCAACUAUUUCGUUACCAAGCACAACUACAACUAUGACAACUACAAGCAUAACUACAAUUCCAGCAGCAGCGUCGUGGCGUGGCGCGUCGAGGUGACCCCGCAUGGACUAAAUCCUUUUCUCAUGUACGAGCCCAAGAUGUUUGGAGACCGAUUCCUGGAACUUCCGGGCUAUGCUUAAGGCUUCCACUUCCACAGAUACAUCCUCGAAACAACAACAAGCAUCCUGAUAUCAUUUUACCUGACUAUCCUGAUAUCAUUUUACCUGACUAUCCUGAUAUCAUUUUACCUGACUAUCUUGAUAUCAUUUUACCUGACUAUCUUGAUAGCAUUUUACCUGACUAUCCUGAUAAUGAUAUCACCUUACCUGACUCGACUAACAUCAUCAUCAUCAUUUUACCUGAGAGCACGUUAUAGCUAUAUGAUCUCUAGACUCCGGCUAGGUAGUACAAAACUGCUAAUAUGACUACUGAAAGGGGACAAGAGAAGUCGCAGGAUGCUUUAUGUCAAGUUCUCUUCCACUCAGCUUUUUCUUUGGCUUAAAAAUGUAAUUUCAAGAUGGCGAAGGGGAGAGAGGUGUCAGGAUAUUUUCUUAUAAAAUGAGUUUUUGGAUUGGAAAGUCUAAUAUGUGGAUAUCGCACAGGACGAUGGCGACGAUCUUCAUGAGCUUGACAUGGACGACGAGGCAGACUACUACGAGUCACUAUCUGUACAUCCUACGGGUUCACAUGUGCAUAAUAGUACGGGUGCAUAUGGACUUCUUACCGGUUCACAUGUAUACACAACUACGGACUCACAUGUACAUCCUACGGAUUCGCUUAGUGUUGAGCCUGUCGUGGGCUCGUUCAUGCAGGAGGCGGAGAUAACGAACAAACACCAGACUCAAGUGGAAUCGUCCGGCGUCCAGCACCAGCAGCGUGUCACGCAGCUCGUCACUUCGGUGGGACGAGGGCGGGUAGACAAGAUGGCGGAGUGUCUCAGCGCUUCGCUGCGACGAGGUGGCCUGUGGUCGCGACUACUUGGAAUAGCGUAAUACAAUCCUCUGAUGCCAGUCCUUUCUCGUUUCCUUGAUCUUGAUGCAGUUCAAAACCCCCAGGCUGGCCGUUGUUGCUGCAUGAUGUUCCUAGUCGUCUGAAGAUCUUAAAACCUGCAGCCUAUCGCUUUCCAAAGUCUUUCGGUGAUGUGAGUACUAUCGUGGAAGUCUAGAAGACCAAAAACCUUCGGGCGAUGAUCAUGCCCCUGGUGCUGGUCCUUGUUGUUUCAAAGUCUCCGCGUCCACCG